CCGCUGCGCUGAGCGUGAGAGCUAGCUACUACCUUAUUACCUCUCUCCGCAGCUGUAGGCGGCGGCGGCGGCGGCCAUGGACUUCGUGCUCCAGGUCCUGCUGCGGGUGGUGAUGAGAAGAAGCAUCCGCAGGCUGCAAGAGGUCGUUGACAUCGCCGUGGACAUCGGCACGGCUGUCUUCGUGGCCGUGCGGGUCUCCGGCCUCGUCUUCCGCCGCCGGCUGCCCACGCCGACUACGACAUCGUCGUCGUCGACGACGUACUACUACUCCCCGGGGACGUCCUCCUCGAUCGGCAUGCAUGUCCAGGAGGAUUAAUUAUUGACAGGCACUAGAUGAGCUAGCUAGCUAGCUAGGGCCAGAAGAUGUAUACUUCUCGCGGGGGCAUGUAAGUACUAAGGUCAUAUAUCUGUGCGUUCUUUUUUGUGGAAUCAAACUAAUUUCGCUAGCUACCCUAAUAUAUAUGUUGUGCUA